UUGAUAUAUAGUGUAGAAGUAGUGCUAAAUGUUUACAAUCAUUAAAAUCAAAUCAAAUGAAAUGAUGUUUUCAUUGAUUAUAUUAAAUGAUAAUUAAUUGUCACAAAUAUGUGUCAUAUAUUAUAUGUGUGACUAAUAGUCACCAAAAUAUCAUUAAUGGUGUUGUAUUGCCAUUGAUUGUGACCAAUGGUUUUGAGUAAAUCCUUCCGCGUUUACCAUAAGUUGGACACAAACGGUGUCUAUAGUAUACUAUUGGAUCAAAAGACAUAUAAAUGUGAAUCAUUACUGUUUGAAGCCGAAGCCGUGGCCACUAUAAGUCCAUCAGAGGCCGAUUCCGUGCGUCACUUGUAUUCAACAGUUUUGGACGCUUAUGGAUGUCUCGGUGUUCUUCAGCUAUCAAUUGGUGAUACAAAUAUCUUAUACUUGAUUUUGGUGUCUGGAUGUGUAUCAGUCGGCAAAUUACAUACAUCAGAGAUAUUUCGCAUAACAGACACUAUAUUCAUAUCUCUUCGUAAUAAUGGCAGUGAUUUGGAGCGAAUUCAAGAAGUCCGUCGUAUUCUGAAUUCGGGAACAUUUUAUUUCUCAGUUACUUUGGCCGCCGAUUCAGAUGAACCUCCAUAUGAUUUGACACUUUGUGCCCAAAGAUCUAACCGCACACACGAAACGGACAAUAGAUUUUUCUGGAAUCGGAUGCUAUAUUUACAUCCAUUAAGAUAUGGUGUCAAUACAAACAAAUGGUUUAUCAAAGCCAUGUGCGGCGGACUCUGCAUUAGUACCGUAUAUGUCGGGCACUUGCAGGCAAAGGCAUGUCUUAUAUCGCGUCUGAGUUGUGAACGAGUUGGCACACGUUUUAAUGUUAGAGGUACUAAUGAUAGCGGACAUGUGGCCAACUUUGUUGAAACGGAACAGUUUAUUGUAUUGGAUGAUAAAAUUACAUCAUAUAUAAUGACCAGGGGAUCAAUUCCGUUAUUUUGGGAACAAACAGGAAUGCAGGUUGGCGCACAUAAAGUGCGAAUGUCGCGGGGAAGUGAAGUGUCUCAACCUGCUUAUGACCGUCAUUUAGCAUCUAUUAAGCACAGGUAUGGCAACCAAGUGCUUAUAAACUUGAUUAGCAAUAAAGAAGGCGAAGCACUCAUUGGAAAGAUGUUUAAAGCGCAUCACAAAAGCUCUCGUUUUAGUAAAGAUGUUCCGUAUAUUGCAUUUGAUUACCACCACUAUUGCAGUCAUGGAAAGACUGAUAACAUUAAAAUACUUAGGGAUCAGAUAAUUAAAUAUUUGAAAGAUUUUAGUUUUUUUUAUAAAGAAAAAGGAGUGGUUCAAAGUCAACAAUCGGGAACUUUUAGAGUCAAUUGUAUUGAUUGUCUCGACAGAACUAAUCGCGUUCAGACUUGUAUUGGACUCGAAAUAUUAGGCCAACAAUUGGAAGCAUUGGGUUUGACUGAAAAGGCAAACAUUGUUUCACGAUUUGAUGAAGUUUUUAAAAACAUGUGGAUUCAAAAUGGUGAUCAAGUAAGUAAAAUAUACGCCGGAACAGGUGCUCUGGAAGGCAAAUCUAAGCUAAAAGAUGGAACUUUAUCUGUUGCCCGAACCAUUCAAAAUAAUUUGUUGGAUAACAGCAAACAGGAAGCAAUUGAUAUACUUUUAACAGGAAAACCGUUAAAUAAUGAAUACUCUGACAGAGCCCGGUCUCUAUUGGCCACUCAUUAUUUACAUUUGCCAUCAAAUAUAUUGAUAGCGAUGUGUAACAAAUAUUUGGAGUUUACGGAACCGAUAUCUAUUAAGGUGUCGGUCGGCACUUGGAAUGUAAACGGAGGCAAACAUUUUAAUAGUAUUAUUUUUAGAAGAUCUGAUCCAUUAUCUGAUUGGUUACUCGAUAAUAAAAAGAAGAAUAAUUAUCAAAAUGUUAUGGAUAUGUCAUUAAAUUUGUCUUUUAAUACAAUAGAAGACAACGAAUUUUCUGCUUCUGAUAUAUUUGCUAUUGGUUUUCAAGAAAUUGUUGACUUGAAUGCUAGUAAUAUAAUGGCUGCCAGUACUACAAACCAAAGAGAAUGGUUAGUUGAACUCCAGAAGACUAUAUCAAGAGAUGAACCGUAUGUUUUGAUAACAUCCGUUCAAUUAGUCGGUGUUUGUCUUUUUCUUUUCGCUCGUCCUAAAUAUGCUUCUAAUAUAAGAGAUGUAGCCAUAGAUCAAGUGAAGACAGGUUUAGGAGGCGCCGCUGGCAAUAAGGGUGGAGUUGCUAUACGUUUAUUGUUUUACAAUACUUCGCUUUGUUUUGUUUGUUCCCAUUUUGCCGCCGGACAAAACCAAUUUGUUGAAAGAAAUGCUGAUUAUUCAGAGAUCACCAGAAAGGCAUCGUUUCCAAUGGGAAGGUCUCUUAACUCACACGACUAUGUUUUCUGGUGCGGAGACUUUAAUUACAGAAUUGAUUUGUCCAAUGAAGAAGUUAAACGUUUGGUUCAGGACCGGCAGUGGUCUAAUCUUUUAGUCUCAGAUCAACUCAAAUGUCAACAAAAUGAUGGAAAAGUAUUUAGAAAUUAUAUCGAAGGAGAGAUUGGUUUUGCUCCGACUUACAAAUAUGACAUUAAUAGUGAUGAUUAUGACACGAGUGAGAAGUGUCGGGUUCCUGCCUAUACCGACCGUAUUUUGUUUAAGAAAAGAUUCCCAACCGGUUCUGAUGAAGACAUCGGUUCAUUAAAUUACGGUAAGAUUCUGCACUAUGGAAGAGCUGAACUCAAAACAUCAGAUCAUAGACCAGUUAUCGCAGAAUUUUUAUCUGAUAUUCUUGUUGUUGACGAAAAUAAAAGAUCACAAGUAUUUCGAAACGUAUUGGAACAGUUGGGUCCAUUGGAUGCCACUGUAGUGGUCACUCCCAAUGAUUUUGAAGACGAUGAUUCAGCCAAUUAUUUUGAUGAUGUGUUUGUCACUAAUAUAUUGAAGAGAUUGGCCAAUGAGGCCGGAGAAAUCAUUUUAGCCCGUUUUAGUGAAGAUAACCUUAGAGUGACAUUCCGUGAGGGACAGUGUGCUCUCAAAGCAGCUAAAUUGGGAUCUAUUUCUAUAUUUAAUAAAACCUUUGGUGUGGAACUGAAAACCAAGAAUUGGAUCGAUGCUGUUGAGGAAGAACUUAAACUUGGAAUUAAUAAUACCAUUCCAUUAAUUGAUAAGAUGUCAGAUAUCAAUGAUUUCCAAGAUAAUGACCAUUCAUUAGGACCAACAUUUGAUGCGUCGAAUUUCAUUCUUGAAGACGAUGGAGACAUGGGCUCAGUUUCUUCUGGAAAUAGUUCUCCAAUUCCUCCAAUUGAGUCCAAUGAAUUUAAUGAUAAACCCCCUCCACUACCUGGCCGAUCAACACCCACUGCUCCACCUCCAGCUCGACCACCACCUCCUAAAAAUGCAUUGGCAUCACCAUCUAAGUCUACGUCAUAUAAACCAACCAAACCAAUUGAAUCUCAACAAAUUGAGUCGACAACUAUUAUCAAUAAUAAGCCUUUAAGACCAGUUCCCAUAAGACCGGCACCACUACCACCACACAAAACAAGUGAUAAUGAAAGCGUAGACUUAACUCAUAAUCAAAGCUUUGAUUUACCGCCGCCUUCAAUGCCGGCACCAUCUCUUCCAACAAAUGAUUCCGAUUUUGACAACAAUGUCAUCAGUUGUCCACCAAAAGAGUAUCCACCUCCACCGCCGCCACGUGUUGAUUCAUUUCAAGACAACGUAGAGGAACCGCCACUUUCACCAGUUCUUUUAGGACUACCUCUCGCUCCUCCAAUUCCACAGACGAUCGAAGAGCCGCCACCGAUACCAUUGAGACCUAAUUCGGCAACUAAUAUGGAAUCAGCCAAUGAAUCGGGUGUACAGACAAAUCCGCCUCCAAUACCGGCCCGAACUAUAACCAAACCACCGAUUAUUCCUCCCCGACGUUUGGCGCAAUGAAUUACACAUUACAUAUCUAGUCAUUAAAUUUGACUGACAUUAAAGUUAAUAUUAAUAUUGUUUAAGAUUUUAAUGAUAUAUCUCUAUAAUUGUUUGGUCACAACUUUUU